AUGUUGAGAAAGUGUCCCAGCCAUGGUCUUGCUCCUGGUCGUGAUCUUGUCAAAUUUUACCAAGGCUUAAACAAUGAAAGCAUGAGACUUAUAAAUGCAAGUACUGAUGGAGAUCUUGAUAAUAAGACACAUGAGGAAGUGAGGACCUUAUUUCAAAAACUAGCAGAUAAUCAAAGAAACUGGUACAAUCCAAGGAGAGUGGUUGAGAAGAAAGGAAAUACCUUCGGAGCUUCAGUAGAAUCUGAAAGAAUGGCAGCGGUUGAGGCACAACUAGCUAAUAUUAGCACCCAAAUGACAUCGGUGGUUAAAGCAGUAUCUUCCAUGCAGCUGAACCCACAACCUCAAAUUGUUGCAAUGGUUAAAUGUGGACUGUGUCAAGGUGGGCAUCACACAGAUCAAUGUGAAAUGAUCCAAUCCCAAGAAACAGUUGAAAAUGUGAAUUACAUAGGCAAUAACCGCCAAGGUUUUAGCCAAGGGGGUCAAUUCAAUAACAAUCAUCAGAACUGGACGCCUCAACAACAAGGGAAUUGGAACCAAUGGCGAAACAACUCCCAACCCCCUGGUUUUGAUAAGAAACCUUCACAAGAAGAUCAGAUGGAACAGAUAUUCACUUUCAUGUCAAAGAGUAAAAAAGAGAAUGAUUUCUUCAAAGAGAAAACAAUUGAGAAGUUUGGACAACUCGAGGCUUCUAUGAGGAAUUUGGAAACACAAAUAGGGCAGCUUGCUGCAGCUUCUCAUACAAGAACUCCCGGCACCAUUCCAAGUGAUACAGUGCCCAACCCCAAGGGAAAUGAACAUUUCAAAGCAGUCACCCUGAGAAGCGGAAGAAAUUUAGAUUCAAAGCUUUUAAUGGACGACCAAGAACCUAAGAAGAGCAAGUCCAGUAUUCCUAACGACAUUCCACCACCUCCAUAUCCACUCACGAGAAAGAAGCGAGUGCGGCCAGAAAAGAGUUUUGAGUGGAUGAUGAAUGUGAUUAGAAAGGUGAAUGUAGACAUCUCAUUGGUGGAUCUUUUCACCAAUUUCCUGAGAUUCUCCAAGUUCUUCAAAGACAUAAUGGUGAACAAGGAGAAACUUCAGGAUGAGGGGAUUGUGGCAUUGAGCACGAAUUGCUCAUAG